CCGUGUCCCGUGUUCACCUGUAAAAAAUAUUCAUUAUCAUUACUUUGGGAAAGAGAAAUAUCUUAUAUUCUUUCAGAAAUGAAUGAACUUCACUUGUUAAUAGCCGUCUUAAUAAACUUUUUCCCAGCUUCACAUUCCGAUGAAGUUUUGGGAUGUGGAGGAUUUUUAAAAAGCCAUGUUCCAAUUGAUUUUUCAAAAGUUGAGGUUAAGUUAAUCACCAAGCAAGGUAUAGUAAAGGACCGGACUACUGCUGCUCCAAAUAAUGGUUAUUAUUUUGUUCCACUUUACGAUAAAGGCGAAAUGCUUCUUGAACUUUCUCCUCCUCCGGGAUGGAGUUUUAAACCCAAAAAGGUGGUUCUAUCUAUAGAUGGAGUCAAUGAUAUAUGUAGUCAAGGAAAGGAUAUAAAUUUCGUGUUUCAAGGGUUUGGCAUAACAGGAAAGGUAGAAAGCUUGGGUAGUCAGUUAACUGAAGAAUCAAGCAGUAAAGGCCCUGAAGGUGUUACCGUUCAGUUGGAAUCCAAUGGGGAAAUAAGAACAACAUUAACUGAUCAAAACGGGAACUUUUUUUUCACCCCUGUAUUUCCAGGAAACCAUAAAGUUUCUAUUUCUCACCCAAAAUGGAAGAUUUCAAAAAGGUUAGUUGAUGUUGAAGUUGCUGAAAGUAAUACGGAAUUACCAAAAAAUAGUCUGGUAAUACAGGGAUAUGAUGUGUCUGGAAGCGUUAAAAGUGAAAAUGAACCUGUCAAAGGGGCUAGUAUUCUUCUAUUCUCAGAAAGUAAAAAUGUAUUGGUUGAGGGAUGCAUCAAGGAACCUUUGGCUGAUUUUCAGAUCAAAAACAAAGAUAACAUUAUAUGCCACGUUUUAACUGAUGAAAAUGGAAAAUUUGUUUUUGAUACAUUGCCAAAUGGUCAUUAUUAUGCUGUAGCCCAUUACAAAGGACAAAACAUCUAUUUUCAACCAGAACAAAUCAAAUUCACAGUAAAUCAUGACAGUUUAGAUCUGCAACAGAGUUUUGAGAUAAUUGGUUUCAGCAUUCCUGGGCGAGUGUUGAGGUCUAGAAAUGUUCCAUUAGCGGAUGUUAAAGUGUUCUUGAACGGCCAAGAAAUAGCUAGAACAGACGCUAAAGGAUCAUACAAACUGGAGAAAAUGAAAGCUGGGACAUACAAACUGAGAGCUGAAGCAGAUGACGUGAUCUUUGAGGAAAUAUUUGUUAGGAUGAAUCCAAACUUGCCAGAACUUCCCGAUAUCCUUCCUUCUGCUUUCAAAGUUUGUGGUUCCGUUAUAAGCGAUCAUUCUCAAAUCGUUACAUUCAGCAAACUGGGAGGAACCAAAUUCAUACAAACUGAAACGUCUCCCAGUGGUGGUACUUUCUGCCAGUAUCUAUCUCCUGGAAAAUACGAAGUGCAAGUUGUUGUGAGUGAAGAGGAUAAACAAAAAGGAUUGCAGUUCUUUCCACUGAAGCAGUUGAUAGAAGUGACAUCUGAAAAAGUAGGGAGCAUCGUAUUUUCGCAACUGAAGUCCAAAAUCUCCGGAAAAGUUAAAUGUAUCAAGCAAGAAGACUGUGAAAAUCUUACAGUAGUUUUGAGAACUGGAAAGGAGAACGAGAAGACUUUGAAAAUAAAAGGAGGAGCUUAUUCUAUAAGCGAUAUGUAUCCAGGCACCUAUGAAGUCUUUCUAUUGUCAAAUAAAUUCUGUUGGAAAAAUGACAAACAGACUAUUAUCGUUGACGCAGCAACAGUUGAAGUACCUCCCUUCAUCCAAAAUGGAUAUACCAUCAAUUUUGUGUCGACCCAUGAUACACAGGUAACAUUCGAACUUCCUGGUCAAAAACAAUUAAAAACCUUGGACAUUCAACAAGGCAGGUCCACGUUUUGCCUGGAAAUACCUGGUGAAUAUUUGUUCACAUUAGAAAGUUGUCAUAACUACGAUCCAAAAACUAUCAGUUAUAAAACGGAUUCGGAAGUGAACGAAAUAUUUUUGUCCGCUCAAAAACAUACACUCAAGCUAGCUAUUCAGGCAGAUUCAGAUUUUGGGGAUAUCCAAGUGUCUGUCAAGAUUCGUACAGAUAAAUCUGAGAGGAAGUUGAAAUACCAAAAUGGAAUAUACGAGCUGGAUAUUCUUCUAGAACCUACAGAAAAAGCAGUGGUGAUUCCACAAUCCGAUACAUUGUUUUUCACACCCCCCAUAUUAUCAGUUGAGGGUGGCGAGGAUUGCGAAAACGUUGGAGUGAAAUUUAUAGCUACGAGAGGAAAAAUCUUCGAGGGUAAGGUCAAACCUCCUCUUGCCGGAGUAACUGUAACAGUGGAAAGUACAGAUGCGGAACGUUUAGUUAUAGAAACAGACUCUGGAGGCGUUUUCAAGUUUCCACCUUUAGACAGCAAAAAGGAGUAUAAAAUUUACGCUAACAAAGAUUCCUACGUUCUGACUGGGCCUGAUAGUAACGGAAACUUUUUAGCACACAAGCUGGCUGAAGUUAUUGUGGAAGUUUUGGAUGAAAUCGAUAACAGUCCGCUUUCAGGAGCUUUGUUGUCUCUAUCAGGUGGUGAGGGUUAUCGUAAGAAUCUACAAAGCGGAGAGAAUGGCAAAAUAACUUUCAACUCUCUCAGUCCAAGUGAAUAUUUUUUGCGUCCAAUGAUGAAGGAGUAUCAGUUUGAACCGAACUCAAAAAUCAUCUCUGUGCAGGAAGGAGAAACUGUUAAUGUUCGCUUGGUAGCUAAAAGAGUUGCCUACAGUGCUUACGGUCAGGUGCUAUCGUUGAAUGGAGAUUCAGAGGAUAAUAUGGUUAUAAUUGCCUCAGGAAUCGGCAACUGCAGUCAUUACUCUGAAGAAACCACUUGCGAAAAUACCGGCAAGUUCAGAAUCAGGGGACUACAACCGUAUUGUUCAUAUAAGGUUAUUGUUAAAGGAAGUCUAAGUGGAGACAAUGUUGUUGAAAGAACGGCUCCAGAUUUUAUACGAAUUGAUGCCAUAAAAGAAGAUGUAAGAGACCUCAAACUCAUAGUUUUUCGACCUGCUGGAAAAAUGGAUGUACUAGUCAGAGUUUAUGCUGAAAAUGUUGACCAUUACAGGUCCCUCAAACUAAAAUUGACUAGAGAAUAUGGAACACCGACAGUGAUCCACACUGCUAAAAUCGAUACAUCAUCGUUGAAACUAUCAAAGACAAUCAACCCAGGAAUUUUGGUUCAUCUUCCAACUAUCCCCCAAGAUAACAAACUAUAUACUUUGCAGCUGGACUCAAGUUUGGUGCAAAGCACUAAGUGGAACUCCGAAGUGCAUCAGUUCAGUGCGAAUACUUCAUUUAAAUUUAUUGACUUUGAUUUCAAUGUCAGAGACAGUGUUUCAGAACAGCCAAUUCGACAAACUUCGAUUUUCAGUUUGAUAUUCAUUUUGACUAUUUUAUUCACAGCCUACAAUAUUGAAAUUGUGGCGAAUUGGUUGAAUGAUAAGUUCAACUUCAAUGUCAAUGCCUUGAUCAAUUUAGUCCCUAUUCAAAAUCCAAAACCAGUGAGUGAAUAUUAUGAUGAUGCUCAAAUUGAUCAGAUUGUUCAAAAUAUAAACAAUGCCAAGAAAAAGCCCAAGCCCAAAAAGAUUUAGACACAGUGUGUAAUUUAUAUACCGCGAAAAGUAUCUGCAAAUAUUUUUUUAAACAAUGGGCGAUUAUUCAUCCUUUCAAAUUGAGAUAAUAUAAUAAUUCUUUUGUUGGCAGUUUUGUUAUUUAAACUUCUCAAAUACACUUCAGUCUUCGUUCA